CAACUUCCGGUUCUCGGCAGUACUUUCCUCACGAUCUGACAGCGUGAGGAAAGUGCAGCCGAGAACCGUCACUUGCAUUUCCCUCUGAUCAGCGUGUCAUUGGACACCGCUGAUAAGGUGCAUGAGGAUAGUACUGCCCAUAACCGGCAAUUGUCAGAGAAGUGAUUGGCACCGAUCAUCAGGGCACUGAUGAUCCAUGCCCUGAUGAUCAGUGCCCCGCAGUGCUGCCCACCUGUGCCCAUCAGUGCUGCCCACCUGUACCCAUCAGGGCCGCUCAGCAGUGCUGCCUAUCAGUGCAGCAUCAUCAGUGCCAGCUCAUCAGUGCAUUCUAUCAGUGCCCAUCAGUGCUGCCUAUCAGUG